CUGUUGAACAUAUUUCCUUGGAAAAUUUGCCGGAUGAAGAAAUGCCAUUUGCCAAAGAAACAGCUGAAGAUUCAGAAGAAAAUUUCAAAAAGAAUUCAGAAAAAUUUGCAAAAAAAGAACAUGAUCUAAAUAAUUUGAUGUCAAAUUUGAAUAAUUUAAUAGGAAAG